CCUCUGUGUCUCUCGCUCACGCAUACACACACACACAUAGCUGCCAACGACUCCUCUGUAUCAGUAUCAGUAUCAUCAGGUCAGAAUAGAAGAGGAGAAGGGAUGGAGAAGAUUGUAUAUUCGCAUGUAUUUGAUCAUCUGUGCUCCCUUGCCCUUGCCCUUGCCCUUGCCCUUGCCCUUGCCCUUGCCCCGGCUUCUCUUCUCUUCUCUGCUGCUGCUGCUGCUGCUGCUCUUGUAUAUGUUCUUGUAGAAUGUAAAGAAAAAGGGGACAUUGGGAGGAGAGGAGGAAAUGGAAUAAAGUCGUAAUGACACAAGGGGAGAAAGUGUGGCGGGGCGAAACGAUGAGAGUUUGAACAAAGUGUUGAAAAAUAGGAAGAGGGAAGAAAGG